AAGAUUGGGAACGUGCCAUAAAAGAAGUUGUUAGAGUAACAAAACCUGGUGGAUGGGUUGAAAUUAUGGAAAAAGAUCUUUAUUGGUACAACGAAGGACCUUUUUGUAAAGCUGCUCGAACUGCUGUCGCUGAAGCAUUACGAGAAACCAAAAACAUGGAAAUAAUUUUAUCCCCAAUUAUACCCCCCAUAUUAUCUUCUAUAUCGAAUCUUGAAUCCAAUAUAAAUCAUGAAGAACGUAAUGUACCAUUUGGUGAAUGGGGUGGAAAAUUAGGUACAAUAUAUAAAGAUUUAUAUACUUGGGGUGCCAAAAAUUUGAAAACAUUUAUGACAGGUAUUGGAUUUAAUGAAGAAGAAUGGGAUGAAACUGUUGAUAUUUGUAUGAAACAAUUAAAUGAUAGAAAAGGAUUUGAUAAAAUUCAUAGAUUUUGGGCGAUGAAGAAAUUAGAACCUUAA